CUUUUUUUUCUCUUUAUUAUUAUGUCUGACUUGAAGGAAGAAAAGCAAGCUCCUGCUGCCCCUACUGCCGAACUUGAUCCUGCCGCUGCCGCUAAGAAGGCUGCCAAGGAGGCCAAGAAUAAGGAAAAGCAAGCUGCUAAAAUGGCCAAAUUUGCUGCCAAACAAGCCAAGCUCAACGAAGCUAAAAAGACUGCUGAGCCCAACCCUGAAAAGAAAAAGAAAAAGGAAGUUAAGACUCCUGCUCCCGUCUUUAUAAACAAGACUCCCAAGGGUGAAAAGAAGGAUAUGUCCGAACCUCUUGCCAGUGCUUAUGAUCCUCGCGCUGUUGAAAGCGCUUGGUAUGAUUGGUGGGUCAAGGAAGGUUACUUCAAGCCUGAAUUUGGUCCUGACGGUAAACCUAAGGUUGAAGGUACCUUUGUUAUUCCUGCUCCCCCACCAAACGUCACCGGUUCUCUUCACAUUGGUCAUGCUUUGACUGUUGCUAUCCAAGAUGCUUUGAUUCGUUGGAACCGUAUGUUGGGCAAGACUGUCUUGUUCCAAAUGGGUACCGAUCACGCUGGUAUCUCUUGUCAAUCUGUUGUGGAAAAGAUGUUAUGGAAGGAAAAAAAGAUCACUCGCCAUGACCUUGGUCGUGAGAAGUUCAUUGAAAAGGUUUGGGAAUGGAAGGAGAAGUAUGGUGAUAGAAUUCAUACUCAAUUCCAACGUCUUGGUGCUUCUUUUGACUGGGACAGAGCUACUUUUACCAUGGAUCCUGGACCAUCUGCUGCUGUCACUGAAAACUUUGUUCGUCUUCACCGUGAUGGUAUCAUUUACCGUGCUAACCGUCUUGUUAACUGGUGUGUUGCCCUCAACACCACUUUGUCUAACUUGGAAGUUGAAAACAAGGAAAUUCCUGGUAGAACUUUGAUGCAUGUUCCUGGUUACGACGAAAAGGAAAAGUUCGAAUUUGGUGUACUUAACGAAUUCGCUUAUCAAGUCGAAGGUAGCGAUGAACGCAUCAUUGUCGCCACUACUCGUAUUGAAACCAUGUUGGGUGAUACUGCUGUUGCUGUUCAUCCUCAAGAUCCUCGUUACACUCACCUUCACGGUAAAUAUGUUGUCCACCCCUUCAUGGACCGUCGUAUCCCUAUUGUGUGCGAUGAUAUUGCUGUUGAUAUGAGCUUUGGUACUGGUGCUGUCAAGAUAACACCUGCUCACGAUUUUAACGAUUAUGAAGUUGGUAAGCGCCACAACUUGGAAUUCAUCAAUUUGCUGAAUGACAAUGGUAUCUUCAAUGAAAACGCUGGUCCUUACAAGGACAUGAAGCGUUUCCAUGUUCGUACAAAGAUUAUUGAAGACUUGAAGGAAAAAGGCUUGUUUAUUGGCUCUACUGAUAACCCUAUGGCUGUCCCUAUCUGUAGCAAGUCUGGCGAUAUCAUUGAGCCCAUGAUGAAGCCUCAAUGGUGGGUCAAGUGUAAGGGUAUGGCUGAAAAGGCUAUGCAAGCCGUCACUGAUGGUCAACUCAAGAUUGCUCCCAAGGUCUCUGAAGGCGAUUGGUUCCGUUGGUUGGGUAACAUCAACGACUGGUGUAUCUCUCGUCAAUUGUGGUGGGGUCAUCGUGUUCCUGCUUACUUUGUCAACAUUGAAGGUGAAGAACACAGCCAAACCGAUGAUGCCAUGUGGGUUACUGGUAGAAAUGAAGAAGAAGCCCGUGCUGAAGCUGAACGCAAGUUUCCUGGCAAGAAAUUUACUCUCGAACAAGAUCCUGAUGUCUUGGAUACUUGGUUCUCUUCUGGUUUGUGGCCCUUCUCUACUCAAGGUUGGCCCGAUCAAACCUUCAACAUGGAACACUUCUAUCCUGCUAGUCUUUUGGAAACUGGCUGGGAUAUUCUUUUCUUCUGGGUUGCUCGUAUGGUCAUGCUCGGCAUUCAAUUGACUGGCAAGGUGCCUUUCUCCGAAGUGUUGUGUCAUGCCAUGAUUCGUGAUGCCCAUGGUCGUAAGAUGUCCAAAUCCCUUGGUAACGUUAUUGAUCCUGUUGAUGUGAUUGAAGGUAUCUCUCUUCAAGGCCUUCAUGCCAAGCUUUAUGAAGGUAAUCUCGAUGUCAAGGAAAUCAAGAAGGCUGAAGCUGGUCAAAAGUCUGACUUCCCUAAGGGUAUUCCUGAAUGUGGUACUGAUGCCCUUCGUUUUGCUCUUUGUGCCUACACAACUGGUGGCCGUGAUAUUAACCUUGACAUUCUUCGUGUUGAAGGUUACCGUAAGUUCUGUAACAAGUUAUGGAAUGCCACACGUUUUGCCCUGAUGAAGUUAGGUGCUGACUUUAAGCCUUCUGAAUCUGCUGAACCUGCUGGCAAUGAAUCCUUGGCUGACAAAUGGAUCCUUACCAAGCUUAAUAGAUGUGCUGUUGAGCUCAACAAGUAUCUUGAAGAACGUAACUUCAUGAUGGCUACUAAUACUAUCCAUCAAUUCUGGCUCUAUGAUCUUUGUGAUGUUUAUAUUGAAGUUGUUAAGCCUAUCUGUGAUGCUGAUACUACUGGUGAUGAAGCUGCUACUGCUCGUAAGGUCACUGCUCAAAACACUUUGUACACUUGUCUUGAAGCAGGCCUUAAGCUUAUGCACCCUUUCAUGCCUUUCGUUACUGAAGAAUUAUUCCAACGUCUUCCUCGUCGUCCUAACCAUCCUGAAACUACCAUUGUCAAGGCUAAAUUCCCUGUUGAAAACAAGGCUUAUGACUUUGCUGAAGCCGAAAAGGAAUUCGAAGUUGUUUUUGAAGCUGUCAAGAGUAUUCGUUCUGUUGCUACACAAUUGAAUCAAAAGAAGAACAUUGUUGCUUCUGUUCAAACCAAGAAUGCCUCAUUCAAGAAGUUGUUUGAUGCUGAAACACAAUCCAUUGUUGCUUUGGCUAAGGGUGUUUCUGAAUUGACCAUUUUGGAUGAAAGCGCUGAAGCUCCUGCUGAUGUUGAAGCUGCUGCUGCUGGUGAAGAUGUUACUAUUUACAUUCGCAAGUAGAUUUUGUUUAUAUUUUAAGUUUAUGUAUGUUAGAAGAACAAUAAAAUGAAUAGAAAUAAAUGAAUGUUUGGGUUGAUUUCUGAGCUUAAAAAAGAGUACAAACAGUACCUUGCUCUUUUUUUUUUUCUCU